AUGUUAGGCGAGCUGUCAUGUGAAGAAUUGGUUUCCAUAUCAGAUGCUUUCUCCUGUUACUUGCUGCUGCUGCCAGAAAGUUCUGAAAGCAUUUUUCACAAGAGCAGCCACAGAAUGAAGACAGGUCCGCUCCCUAAUACCAAAGCCAUCAUUGUGUACAGGAAUGGAGAUGGGUACUUUGUUGGAAGAAAGAUAGUGGUACACCCACGACUGUCCACUCUAGAUAUUCUGCUGGAUUACCUGUCAUCGGUGCGAACGGGUGCAGGACAGGAGCCACAGUUCGGAGCUGUGCGGAGGCUCUUCACGGUGCAGGGACUCAGGGUACGGAGGCUGGACCAGGUGGAGGCAGGCGGGCGGUACGUGGCAGCAGGCAAUGAGAGCUUCAAACAUCUGCAUUACUCUGAAAUAACAGCCAGGAAACCACAAACUAAAGUGAAUGUGCAGAUCCACCCUGUAGUCCAUAGCCGUAUCCAGGUGUCUUCUCAAUGGAGCAAAAUUAAAGAUGGCACCUGCACAAUACAUGUCUUUACAAACGGGGAGGUUUUGGUUCCUCCAGUGAGAAUACGUAUACCAAAGUACACCCUGAAAAGCUGGGACAAUGUUUUGGCCAUGGUGACAGAGAAAGUGCGUCUUCGAUCUGGGGCAGUAUACAGACUUUGCACAAUGGAUGGCCGGCCUCUGUCUGGCCCAUUUCAGCUCAGGAACCAGCAGCACUAUGUUGCUGUGGGAACAGAGAAGUUUAAAGCUCUCCCAUAUGACCAGCGCCUCCACUACAGACCUCUCAGCAGUAAACUCGGCUCAUAUGGAGGUGGAAGGCAGAGUAAAUCACAAAACCUGUUGGCCCGUGUGCACCUAUCACAGAAAUAUGAAAAGACCACCGGUGGCCAGAUGAGGGCAGAAGAGAGGCAGCUGUCCGGUGCCUCCUCAGUGCUUGAGGGCAGUGUGUUCGCGGCACAGAGAAGGAGGAGUGAGCUGGCAGGGGCUGCAGAAGUGCAGGAGGAUGGCUGGCUCAGCAUGGGAAUGCCCACAGACCAGGUACACACAAGACUAAAACAACAGAAUACCUGCAGUCACCUACAGAAACUGUUCUCUGCUCAGAGUGAGGUCAAGACAAUGGGAGAAGAUGACAGCUCCCUCUGUGUGCAGGGCUCUACUCUCCCCCUGAACAUGACCUAUGGCCACUCUACAGCACCUCUGGAUCCUAAACUGCAGAAAUGA